AUGUCAGCGUUCAGCGUUCGUGAUGCGCCAUUUGGCCAGCUCUGUCGAUUAGUUCUUGGUCCUCGGGUCUUCCAAUACCCCGAUGAGAAGGCUGAAUUCCAGUACCAGCCGCCGGAAGAAACACUAACUGAAGAAUCUGCACCUCAAGCGAACAGCAGCUCUACAGACACGGAUGUCGAUCUGGAAAAAGCCGAGCCUGUGUCAACUCCAGGCCAGUCAAAGUCUGGUUAUCAGACCGUUGGGUGGUAUAGCGAGACUGAUCCUGAAAAUCCACAGGCGUGGUCACUGGCGAAGAAGACAGUUACUUUUUCGCAGAUCUGCCUUCUUACCUUCGCUGUAUACUGUGGAUCCGCAAUUAUUACGCCAGCUCAGCCGACCUUCGUACAGGUGUUCGGUGUGAGUGUCCAAGAAUCGUCUUUGGCACUCUCGAUGUAUGUUUUGGGAUAUGGUAUUGGGCCAUUAUUCUUCAGCCCUUUGUCAGAGAUACCGGCAAUUGGACGGAAUAUCCCAUACUUCGUUUCGUUCACGCUCUUCAUAGUAAUUACCGCCGUGACCUCCCAGGUGUCAAAUUUUGUAGGAUUGAUUGUCUUGAGAUUCAUUCAGGGAUUUUUGGGAGGCCCAGUUCUGGCAACAGGCGGAGCCUCAGCUGCCGAUAUCCUUUCUUUUCCGAAAAUCCCUUAUGGUCUCACCUUCUGGGGAUGUGCAACCCUGGCAGGACCAGCUUUAGGUCCGCUUUUAUCAGGAUUCUCAGUACCCCUAAGCUCUUGGAGGUGGCCCAUGUAUGAGCUUCUCAUUCUCUGUGGCUUCACAUGGAUUCUUCUCUUCUUUUUCCUGCCAGAAACUAAUGCCGAUUUCAUUCUCUUGAACCGGGCUAAACGUUUGAGGAAACUUACCGGAAAUGAAAAUCUUCGAUCGGACUCGGAAAUUAAACAAGGGAAUAUUCAUUUCCUGUCGCUUCUCGCCGGGUAUUUGACCACGCCUUUCAUGGUUACCCUAAGGGAUCCGUCUGUUGCCUUUAUCAAUAUCUACACGGGUCUGAUAUACGGUAUCUUUUACUCGUACUUCGAAGCAUUUCCAAUUGUUUACACCCAGAUCCACGGAUUCUCAAUGGGUAUUAUGGGAACCAUCUUCCUGUGCGUUAUUAUAGCCUGCUUCUUUGGCGCCGGCACAUACUUGGCGCUCGUCAAAUUCCACUAUGAGCCAUACACUUACCAGAAUGGAAUCGGCUCCUCUGAACAUCGACUUCUUCCUGCUGUUUUUGCCGCUUUGAUAGCGCCCUGUGGGAUCCUUAUCUUCGCUUGGACGUCUCGUGAUUGGAUUAACUGGGUUGUUCCCACAACUGGAAUUGUGCUUUACAUGUCAUGUGUUUUUGUGAUUACGAUGUGUAUUUUCAUCUAUCUUCCAAUCUCCUAUCCUCGUUAUGCCGCCAGUCUCUUCGCCGCAAACUCAUUCCUGCGCAGCGCAGUGGCUUGUGGUGCUAUUCACUUUGCGCAGCCUUUGUUUAACAAUCUAGGUAUUGGCAAGGGCUGUACUGUCCUUGCUGGCUUGACUUGGGCCUGCUUCUUCGGUAUCUUGAUCCUUUGGAAAUAUGGUGACAAAUUAAGAGCUAGGAGUACAUUCGCGCAAGUCUACUAA